AUGCAUGCUGCCAAGGAAAAGGUGAAGGACGCUGCCAGCACCGCUAAAGAGAAGUUGCGGGAAGGCACCGCAGAAGCCCAUGAGAAGACGGGGAAGGCUACGGCCACGAAUAAGCAGGAGAAAGAACUGGCGAAAGAAACAUCCAAAGCCGAGAAAGCUCAUGCAAAGGCUGACCUGCACCAGGAGAAGGCUGAACACCAAGCGGAUUAUGCCGCUCAUCAUGCUGGCGGACACCAUGUUCCUCUCACCGGUCCUCAUCACCACCAUCCAGGGGAGACGCCGCUCGGCACUGCGGACCCAAUUUAUCCGGCUUCAGGUCUCAAUCCAAAUUCUAAAAAUCUCUUAU